AUGUAUCUGAAAAGAGAGAUAGAGGCCGCGGUAAAAACAGGGAGGUUGGCCCACUUAGUCAAGGAAAUCAAGGAGGGGGGAGGGGACCGCAAGGGAAGAGAUGUAAGGGAGCCUGGGAGGGCAGAUGUUGAUAUGAUUAGAAGGAGGGAUGAAUUCGAUACCACCCGGAGUGUAAAAGCCAGGACCCUGGGCUCCCCGAACUGCAUGAAAGCUCCCAUCCUUAUGCCAUACCUAGAAGAAAGUGAAGUGCAACGACUUCCCCUAAACAUCUCAGCCAUAAUAGCUGGCCAUAAGGUGUCUCGAAUACAUGUAGACGGAGGGUCAGGUGUCGAGGUAAUAUACGAGCAUUGUUUCCUUAGAUUCGACAGAGAUGUAAGAGACCGGUUGGAAGAAGAUUCCAUCCCCUUGGUGGGAUUCAACAACAGUAUAUCACACCCUUUGGGAAAGAUUAGGCUCCCAUUCACAGUUGGGGUAGGGGAUCGGGUCCGAACGAUAAAUCUGACCUUCACAGUGGUCCGGGCACCCUCGAAGUACAACGCGAUCUUAGGAAGACCAGGAAUUGGAGACUUGCAGGCGCAGGCAUCCACCCCACACGGAGCUUUAGUAUUUCAGACACCGAAGGGUCUAGCAUGGGUUAAAUCUGCUUAUGAAGUAAUCUCUUUCGUAUCCCAAGAGGAAGCACCCGAGAAACCCCAGAAAAAGGGAGUAGAAGAAUGGGUCCUUUGUGACAGGUUCCCAGAACAAACAGUCAAAGUGGGGAGCCACUUAAGUGACAAAUGCAAGAGUGCCCUGAAGGAGUUGCUUCUCCACAACAUAGAUGUGUUUGCGUUUCAACAUGGAGACAUGACAGGAGUCCCCAGGAGUCUAACUGAACACCGGCUCAACACUUACACGUGGGCAAAGCCGGUAAAGCAGAAAAAGCGGAGCAUGGGACCUAACAAAAGAAGGGCUGCUUGUGAAGAAACCAGAAAACUGCUCAGGGCAGGGAUAGUCAGAGAGGUGAAAUAUCCAUCCUGGAUCGCCAAUCCGGUCAUGGUUCAAAAGAAAGACGGGGGGUGGAGGAUGUGCAUCGAUUUUCAAGAUCUGAACAAGGCAUGUCCUAAGGACUGUUAUCCCCUCCCGGAGAUAGACGUUCAGGUAGACUCUUUGUCUCAGUACCCCCUGAAGUGCUUCUUGGAUGCCUACAAGGGGUACCGCCAAAUCCAGAUGUCAAUAGAAGACGAGGAAAAAACCGCCUUCAUCACAGACGAAGGGACAUUCUGCUAUACCAAGAUGCCCUUCAAUCUUAAAAAUGCUGGGGCCACAUAUCAAAGCCGAGACUCUCAACACUAUGCAAGAUGUGAACACGAAGCUAAACCCCAGGAAGUGCUGUUUCGGAGUAGAGGAAGGGAGUUUCCUGGGAGUAGUGGUCACCAAAGGAGGAAUCAAAGCAAAACCGGAAAAAACCCAGGCUGUAGCCGAAAUGCGAUCUCCCAGGUCUCUGAAGGAUAUUCAGCAGCUAAACGGGAGGCUAAUAGCGUUAAACCGUUUUUUGUCAAAGGUAGCCGACAAGACCCUUCCCUUCAUGAAAGUAUUGAAGACUGCCUCCAGACAAACAAGUUUAAUUGGACCGCAGAGGCUGAGACUGCCUUCCAAGAAAUGAAAGCUUACAUCUGCAAGCUCCCAACGCUGGCCACCCCAGUACCCGGGGAACCGUUGCUCCUGUAUCUGUCCGCCUCGAAAAUGACCAUAAGUGCGGUCAUGAUGGUAGAACGGGAAGGGAAACAGAUCCCCAUAUAUUUCAUCAGCAGAACGCUUAAAGGUCCCGAGGAACGCUACAUGCCUCUGGAGAAACUGGCAUUAGCUCUUGUCUUCGCGUCCCGAAGACUCAGGAGGUAUUUCCAAGGGCACAAGAUUACCCUGAUGACCGAUCAACCCCUUCAAAAGGUACUCAGGAGGCCAGAGCUGUCGGGACGGCUGGCUAAAUGGGCUGUGGAGCUGGGGGAACACUCUCUGGAGUUUAAGCCCAAGACGGCCAUGAAGGGGCAGAUACUGGCUGAUUUCUUAGCGGAGGUCCCUGAGGACGAAGAGAAGGAACUGUUAAAGUGGGAAGCCAUAGAAAAAGAAGAAAGAGAGAAGGAAGACGAGGCGGUGUGGAAGUUACUCACCGACGGGACAUCUAGUGAAGAAGGGAGUGGAGCAGGAAUCACACUGAUGAGCCCCGAGGGGAUUGAGCUGACAUACGCCAUAAGGUUGGACUUUGAGAACACCAACAAUACUGCAGAGUAUGAGGCCCUCCAAGCAGGAAUGAGGCUGGCACCAAAAAUGAAAGCAAGACACGUGGAGGCUAGCACUGAUUCACAACUGGUAGUGAAACAAUACCAAGGAGAAUAUGAAGCCAAAGACAACACCAUGGCUCAAUACGUGGCAAAAGUAAAAGAAAUGGCUAAGGCAUUUAGAACUUUCAAACUGGAGUACAUCUCCCGAGGAAGAAACAGAAAAUCUGAUGCCCUCAGUAAGCUGGCCUCGGUGGCAUUCGACCACCUCGCGAAAGAAGUCAAGGUGGAGGUCCUGACAUCUCCUUCCCUUAACACAAAGGAGGUAGCCGCAGUUGAGGGUGCUCAGGAGACGUGGAUGACACCAAUUAUCAAGUUCCUCAGGGAUGGAAUUCUACCUGAAGGGGAAUGGGCGGCCAGUAAGAUAAGGGUCAAAGCCCUGCAAUAUGAACUGAUCGAUGGGGAGCUAUACUGA